AUGGACAAAAGAAAUUGUUAUUCCAGGGCAACGUAUGUUUCUACAUCGGCAGAACAUAUAGCUAAAGUAAGAAAUAACCGAGAAACAUUAUUGCUUGCAAGAAUGAGCAAAGGACUCUCUCAACAGUCGAAUGGAACACUGCGAAGCUUUUACAGAGAAAAGGCGAAAACGAACAAUUGGCUUGAAAAAGUUCAGGAAAAAGUCUCGGGAAAGUUAAACACCAAGCCAGAAGAGAAGAUAGAUGUUAUUUGGAAAACUGAUGAGGUGAGAGAUGUGAUGAGAGUGCAAAUCAGAAUGAGACGAAAAAGUUUGGAAGUUAAUCAGACUGAAGAGACUCGAAGAAGAAUCCGGGAGUUCUUAACAUGUGAAAUUCCGGGGGAUAAGUCAAGGAAUGCGCAACUGGGACGUUUAGACAAAAUCGGUGCGAAGAAUGACUGGACUGAAUUAGAACAACGGAGUACGGGAGAAAGUUCAACAGAUGAGAAGAAAACGAAAAUGCAAACUUCAAAACUUUUUCGUGUUCGCUCGCGCACAUCCGGGAUAUGUUUUUCAUGUUCUCACUGUCACUUGCAGGGUUUGCGCCCAUCAGCAAGUGUACCAAAUAUGACAAGAAAAUGCUCAGAAGAGCAUCGAUCGCUUACCUCAUUGAAUUCGAACAUGGCACGGUUCAGAAAACUCAGUGUUCCCAUGACUAGUCAGCUGUUCCGGGCCCAAAAUAGAAGCUAUGACGUCUAUACCCCCUGCCCACCCUCCGCAGGGAGUACUCUAACGUCCAAGGGGGAACACACAACAAGAACUGGCUCCUGUUUGAAAUUAGUGCCGAUGAAAAAACACAGCAUUUGA